ACAAACAUGGCUAAAUUCAUGCAAAUCCUUUUCGUUGCCUUCUUGGCUAUUGCUUUGGUCUCCGCUGAACCCAAACGUUUCCAAGGUAGACGUCGUUUCUUGGCCCGCCAGGAAGUAGCUGAAGAAGCUGUUACUCCCUAUCCUUCGGCUGAUGAAUUGAAACCUGAGGUACCAUUCAAUGAAGCUGAAGCUCCCGAAGAACAAACUCCCAAUCAACCCGAUGAAGUCUAUGGUCCACCAGAACAAGAUGUUCCAGCCGAGACUGAUGAUGUUGUCCCAGCUGAAGAGGAAGAAGCUGUUGCUGUAGCCGAAGAGGAAGAAGCUGUUGCCGCUGAAGAUGCCGCUGCUGCCGAAGAAGAACAAGCUGUUGAAUCUGCUCGUUUCACCGCUCGUCGUGCUGGUGCCCGCAGAGUUGCUGCUCGUCCCGCUAAAUUGCGCAAAGCUGCCCCAGCCCGCCUCCAACGCCAAUUUGUCGCUCAACCCGUUUUCUACUACGUUGCUCAAUAA